AACCCGACCAGGAUGGGUGUCAGGCGCAGAAAAGUGUUUCCACGGGCGUUUUAAGCGAACCAAACAGCCCCAUAAGCGCAGCAAAAAGAACGCUCUCGACCUCCUGCGUCCUCUUCUCCUUCCUCUCGCUCUCUCUACCCCCGAAAUUUACGAAAAUGUCCGCGUCCCGCCUCAAAGAAUCCCUUCAAGCUUGCUCCAAGUCCUUUGAAACCGGAGACAUCGCCGAAUCCGACGAGGCGGUUGCCGGAGCGGUGUCCCUCCUCGAUUCCAUCGCCGAAGCGCCGCCGCCUGAUGCCGAGGAUGUUCUCAUCGAGAUCGAUCGAUUUCUCUCAUCACAGCAAUCCAAUCGGAUGGCAGUUGAUGCACUCUCUCUUGAGUUCCCAAAGGUGGUUAUUAGGUUUGCAUCUCUAUCAGACAAGUGCGAGGAGAUUGCGGGGGAUGUCAUUAAGAACCUUGUAGGCAUCUGCAACCCACGUGACAUGCUGUCCAUACUUUGUGAGGCAUUAGACAGCCAUAUAAAUGUGUCCAGAGCACCAAUCUACUAUGUUCUACUUCUGAAUGAGCUCUCAAAAGUAUUUCGUCGCAUUCAAAGGCGUCAGAUUGAGCAACUAAAAGUGGCAUUGCCUGUUAUUUUAAAAGUUAUAUAUGAAGUUUCAUCGGACACUGAUGAGGGAGACAGAAAUUCUCUGGAUGAGUUGUUUGGAGCAGCAUAUAGCAUUGGGACUUCUAUCCAAAAAAUUUGCGAAGAAUUGGAAGAAAGAAUGAAACAAGAGCUUUGUGCAAUACUGGGUUUAUAUGCUCUGCAAAACAUAGCUCUUGUAUCAAGGAGCAGACGUGCACAUAGAGCUUCAAGUCUUUGUCUGCAUGUCGUGGAAUUUUCACGCUUCCUCAGGUUUUGUGGGUUAUCAUACAGUGGUCUUAUAACUGGAAGCGAUUUUAACUCAAUUGCGGGCAAGAUCUCCAAAAUGGAUGGUGAUGACGUUAUGGCUUGCUUUUCCUUCGCAUUGGAUGGGGCAUCUCUUGCAGUGAUUUGGGGCCUUAUCUCGGAUAAAGUUGCAGAUGCUGCUGGUCAACAGGUUGAUGCCACUCUCAAUAUUAUUCGAAAUCAUUCUAAUAAAAGAUGGCUAGCUGUAUGCAUGUUGAAAUCUAUAUUUUCAUCCAUUCAUUAUCCUUGGGAAAUAAAAUCUCAUAGUAUUGAUCUAUUAUUGAGCAUUAUGGGUGGCGUUGAUCCUAAAGAAGCUUACGACAAGUCUAUUGACUUUGCCUCUUUUAUGCCCGGUAUAUUUGCUGUUCUCAAGGGCAUUGAAAGGACUGUUAUUGGUGCUCCAGAUGCAUCUUCAAGGAAGAGAACUUUUGGUGCGCUGAGGAAGGUGGUCUCGAGUCUCCCGUGCAGUGAAAGGUUUGAUGUGUUAAAGGCUCUUAUUACCAAUAGUGUUUCUCCUUCCAUGAUGGCACUACUCGUAGAUAUUGUAAAGGAGGAAAUACAUGUGGAAAGUCAUCAGAAAAUAACACCAGGAGCAGAUGAAACCACCAAAGGGCAAAUUUACAAGGAAAGCUGUCCAUUUUGGACUCCUCAUGUCCUUGAUGUGGUGGAGCUUAUUUUAAAGCCUCCACAAGGAGGGCCUCCUCCCCUACCCGAGCAUAGUGAACCGGUUCUAUCUGCUCUCAACUUGUACAGGUUUAUUUUAAUACUGGAGUCAAGUGGGAAAACAAACCAAACGGGUGUGCUUGAAGAGAAUACACUCCGAAAAGCCUACUCAGAGUGGCUACUCCCUCUUCGGACAUUGACCAUGGGAAUCCAGGCUGGAAAUGAGAGCGGCUGUGGUGAGCUAGCUGAUGGCAUCCUUUGUGCUUUGGCACCAGUUCAGUUAGUUUUGCACCGGUGCAUCGAGUUAGUUGAAGAGAAACUAAAGCAUUCUGUUUAGAUAUGUAUUCCUCAUUAUUUAUUAUCAGCGUUUUAACCAUAUUAUGUGUUGAUCACAAUGUUGUGCUCGGAAUGCAAGUUUGUUGAUAGUUUUGUAUCUCGUAGGAGCUUGCACAGAGCUCUGACUGUGGGAAUUAGGCAAAUCAAUUUCUAGUGAAAAAGGAAGCGAAGUGAGUAGUUCCUGAGGAAGAUGCCGAAGUAUCCGCUUUAUCUUUACAGUGAUUUACAAGGCAUAACCUUGAAUUUAGCGGACAGCGCGAGUCAUUUUCUAAGGUAGGUGUCGAGGAAAAUGUCAUAGUCUGAAUUUUGGUUAUGUUUGCUUUUGGAAUCGUGGUAUAAACAAUGUUAUUAUGCGUUGUUAAUAUCUCCUUGUAAAAUGAGGCCUUCCAUUUUAA